CACACAUGAACACAACUAAUGGCGACUAAAAUAUUUCCAGACUCAUUUCGUACCUUAUCACUAGAUCUUACAGAAUCUGUUGACUACGAUUUUUUCGAAGACAAUCUUAAUAAUGAUAAGAAACCCACCAACACGACGUCUGAAAGUACGAACGCUGAAGAAAUAUCCGCGGGGAGUGACCGGCUUCAACCAGAACCUACUGUUAGUGGGCUGCAACGUGGUACCAAAUUUGCUAUAGUUCAGCCAUCAUCCCCUUGCUUAUCGGAUACUUCACAGAGUAACCAAGGUGACCUGUCCUCAGAGCGCAGGGCCCGAUCGCGUUCAAACACGCUCAGUCUAUCACGGUCUUAUGAUUCAGAUUUUUCAGCAGUGUCUACGGAGAACGAAGAGGCGGAGGAACAGUCCCAUGGACAACAGAAAGUGGUUCAACAACGUAAAGAAUCAGCUAGCGACAGCGAUGUCAUGGAGGAAGUUGAGUAUAGCGGCUCUGCACAGCGGUCAGUUACUAGUCACUCGCGAAAACGAGACGACGAAAUUGAACGAGCUAAAGCUGAGAGAUUGGAAAAGGCUAUGAUCAGUCUGACAAGACGUUUACAUAACAUGCGAAUUCGCCCUCCAUGGCGUGACCCGAAUUCCCGUCAGCUACCAAGUGACCGCGCAGCCUCCUUCUAUGAAUUAUACGAACAAUUCACACAGGCCAGUAAAAACGAUUCCCUGUCCGAUGGCAAUAAACUUCUACCGAGUCGAAAUACGGUUAUCUGCAGACCGUAUCACACAACCUUGAAUCGCUUUAGAGAACAAGAGAGGAUUCAAAUGGAGAACUAUGCUUUGGCAAAAAGGUUGGAGAAAGUACGUCCGACACCAGGUAUGACGCGUGAAGAGCAGCUCCGUGAGUACAAACGUUACUUCAUUUCACCUAAUGCGUACCAAACAAGACCGGUCAGUUUGAACCGUCGUCCGGAAUCAGCCGACCAAUCCUACAGAGUUGAUCAUUCGGGAGACAGUACUUCAAAGCGUGCUAGUGUAGCGGGCCACCGCCAAGUGUCUUCAGCAGCGUAUCCCUGCCGGAGAAACCUGUGUUCAGCAGGUACCCGUAAUGCAUCUAGCGUUCCAUCCAAUUGUUCAUCCAGCAAUGGACCAAGGUCUAACAAAGUUGGAACAAGCAUUCCCAGUCAUAGCCGAGAGGUAAGAAAAGAAGUAGACGAAACGUCUUCAUCAGGAGGGACCGCCGCACCAAAAAACAGGGUCUCAUUACCAACAGCUCCGAUUUACACGUCGCAGCGCACUACUAACCAGAACGAAGGCCCCCAAGAAAUGUCCGAUGAUGGAUCAACGCCCCAACCGCCUCCAUCCCCGAGGAGGAAAAAUAGCAAGCCACGAAGUGGCUGUAGACCACACAGAUGAGAUUUAGUCAGGUCGUCCUGUAGAACUUCACUCCCAUCUAUUCAACCAUCCUUGCCCCCAAAUUAUCACAAAUUAAGAAACAAUGAAACGAACAAAGCGUAUUUACUUUCUGAGGCGUUCGCUUUAGCUUUCGUUCGAUGCACUCCUGAGAAGUCCAUUUUUGUCUUCAUAUUUGCUGGUUUUGCGGCGAGUGCGUGAGAAUUUGUGCUCGCAUCAGUUACUACCAUCCUUCUGCUUCCCAACCUGACCUAUCAAGUUCGAAC